AGGUGCGGGUGCGAAUCUGAAGCCGGCUCCGAGCGCCCAUCCGGAGGCGGCCAGGGUUGCCGCUUACGGCCUGGUAAGGGGCGCCCCGACCCCUUGGCCCCGUGCCCCCGUUUGCCACCAGCUGGGAACCGGCGCCCCACCUUGUGUGGAGAGCGCGGACCCAGCCCCAUGUGUGCUUCGCGACCUGUCCGGCUGCAAAAGCUUCCUUAACUGCGGACGGACCUUCGACGUCGCCAAGAGUGCGCCUUAUCCAGAUAAAGUUUAGAAACGCGGACGCGCUCCUGACGCAGCUACUACGUCAUAGUUCCGCGCGGCCCCAGCCGGGCGGGGUGGGUGUGUCACCCAGAUCGCUCCGCCCCCAUCCGCAGGUUCUAACUUUGGCCCGGGACUCUGCCCCUCGACCCCAGCACAGAAUCGCCCCGGGUCCCACUGCAGAAUCAAUCCUUGAACACUGCCUCCACGUCGCCGGCUCAAUCUGGGCCAGAACCCAGACUUCCACCGCAGCACCGCAAUCUGCAGACCUCAGCGGCAGCGCAGACCUUCCUCCUUUGCCUGUGAGUCAUGGCAGCUCCCAUGAAUGGCCAAGUGUGUGUGGUGACUGGUGCCUCCAGGGGUAUUGGCCGUGGCAUUGCCUUGCAGCUCUGCAAAGCAGGCGCCACAGUUUACAUCACUGGCCGCCAUCUGGACACCCUUCGCGUUGUUGCUCAGGAGGCACAAUCCCUUGGGGGCCGAUGUGUGCCUGUGGUGUGCGAUUCAAGCCAGGAGAGUGAAGUGCGAAGCCUGUUUGAGCAAGUGGAUCGGGAACAGCAAGGGCGUCUAGAUGUGCUGGUCAACAACGCUUAUGCAGGGGUCCAGACGAUCCUGAACACCAGGAAUAAGGCAUUCUGGGAAACCCCUGCCUCCAUGUGGGAUGAUAUCAACAACGUCGGACUCAGAGGCCACUACUUUUGCUCAGUGUAUGGGGCACGGCUGAUGGUACCAGCUGGCCGGGGGCUCAUCGUGGUCAUCUCCUCCCCAGGAAGCCUGCAGUAUAUGUUCAAUGUCCCCUAUGGUGUGGGCAAAGCUGCGUGUGACAAGCUGGCUGCUGACUGUGCCCACGAGCUGCGGCGCCAUGGGGUCAGCUGUGUGUCUCUGUGGCCGGGGAUUGUGCAGACAGAACUGCUGAAGGAGCAUAUGGCAAAGGAGGAGGUCCUGCAGGAUCCUGUGUUGAAGCAGUUCAAAUCAGCCUUCUCAUCUGCGGAAACCACAGAAUUGAGUGGCAAAUGUGUGGUGGCUUUGGCAACAGAUCCCAAUAUCCUGAGCCUGAGUGGUAAGGUGCUGCCAUCCUGUGACCUUGCUCGACGCUAUGGCCUUCGGGAUGUGGACGGCCGCCCCGUCCAAGACUAUUUGUCUUUGAGCUCUGUUCUCUCACACGUGUCCGGCCUGGGCUGGCUGGCCUCCUACUUGCCCUCCUUCCUCCGUGUGCCCAAGUGGAUUAUUGCCCUCUACACUAGCAAGUUCUAACCCUCCUGGUCUGACACCAUGUCUCUGCUUGUCUUCUCAUUUGGGCUUGGUGGUUCGUCCUAUCUCAAUGAAACAGCAGCCUUUCUUGCUUACCCAUACCCUUGAUAUGAAGAGAAGCCCCUCUGCUGUGUGUCCGUAGUGAGUUCUGGGGUGCGCCUAGGUCCUUUCUUUGUGCCUUGGUUUUCCUUGUCCUUCUUUUUACUUUUUGCCUUAAUAUUGAAAAAUGCUCUUGGAGCUAAUAAAAGUCUCAUUUCUCUUUCAA